GCAAAGUGCUAAGACUAGCUUGUACAUGCACUGUUCUUACCCCCACAUCACUCUCUCUCUCUCCCUAACUCCCACAUGGGCAUGUAGAAGAAGACGCAUUCAUGACCAUGACACCCAGAAACAGCAGUAAGUUCCUGGUAUGAUUUGGCAACCGCAUUGCUUUUGUCACUCUCAGUACCUCAACUACCUUCCAAACUCUCACGAAAAUAUAUACCCACAAACCUCCAAAUUGCAUACCCAAAGCCAGUAUUACUUAGCCCCUUCCUCUCUCUCUCUCUCUCUCUCUCUCUCUCUCUCUCUCUCUCUCUCACCUUUCUUCUUUCUGUCACUCAUCCAAAACACCAACCCCUCUCACACCCGUGAACAUCACAAAAGCACAUUCAAGAACCCAAGAAACACAAACCAAGCCCCCGUAAAAAAGAUAUGGACUGGUUCUCCUGGCUAUCCAAGGGCAGCCUUGACCCGUCCCUCAUCUAUGAGUACGGCCGUGUGUUUGCGCUCAACCAGCUCCAGGAAGAGGAUAUCAGCUACUUCGACCAUGAGUUCCUCCAGAGCAUGGGCAUAUCUGUGGCCAAGCACAGGCUGGAGAUUCUCAAGCUUGCCAAGAAGGAGCUUGGAGGGCCUAGACCAAUCUCUGGCCUCAUCAUGGCAUUCAACAGGACCAAGAGGUCUGUCGGUAACUACAUCAGCAAGCUUGUUUCCCAUGAUCAAGAUAAGGAUGUGAAGGCCUCACCAGAGCCCAGCAGGUACAAAGAGCAGUGGAGAGGUGCAUUGCUGUCAAGGAAGCACAGGAGUGAGAAGGAGAUGAAGCAAAAGACAAUUGUGUGCCAAGACAGGAGAAGCAUGACACUGUCUGGUCCUUUGGAUGGAAGGGUGCAGGACAAGUAUAUGAUGGCCCAUAAGAGCCAGCAGUUUUCUGGACCCUUGGACACCAGGGCCCACCAGAAGCCGGUGUUCGCGCUGCCGAGGUGCCCGAGCCCGAAGUUUUCGUCCGGGCCUCUUGAUGCAAGGUCGAUGAGAAGGUGUUGUACCCGAUGAGGAGCCCAAAGUUGUCCGGAAUGCUUGGAGGCAGGAUUCCAGAGAGGUUCACGGUCCCGAGGAGCCCGAAACUGUCCAGGCCUCUUGAGAGGACAGCUCAAAGCCCGAAGCUGCUGUGGAGUGAUUUCAACAAGGUGAAGAUGGAUGCAUAUGAGUAUGAUGAGCACUCCCUGUGGGCGAAGCUGUUCGAUGACAUGAAGCCUACUUGAGAGAGCAGCGAGAGAUUCUUUAGAUAUUUAUGUUGGGUUUUUGAUUAGCAUGGGGAUGAUGAGGGGUAGAAUUUCUACAGAGAAGUUCUUUCUUCAGACAGAGGAGCCAUGUGUGUCUGCUCCAAUCUUCUUGUUAUGACAUGCAUGAACAGGUGGUUUGGUUCCCUCAUUUCUAUUACUAUAACAUAUGCAUUACACUUUGUGUAAAGACAUAUAUUUGGGUCAUCACUGGGCCAAUUCUAUGC